AUGGGAAGGCAAAAUAAGGAUCAAGAAGUCGUUGGGUCAUCUAUCUUACUACUACAACAAAGAUUUGAGCAGUUAGAAAGAUUGAAAAAGAUGAGGGAAGAGAGGCAACUUCGUAGAACGUUGGCUCAAUCAAGAGAUGAUGGUCGGAUGAGUGGUUUUGCAUCAUCAGAGGCUGCUCUCCAUCAGGAUCGUCUUGCGCUUGGGCUCCACUCCAAUGCCAACCAUGUUAGUGUUGCAUGCUCUCGAGCCAUUGAGCACCAACAUGAGUUUCCUUCUGAUGAUAUUGUCGAUACUUCUCUUCGUCUCUAA